GGGGCUGGUUCCCUAUCCCUGGGCUGCCUGUGACACUGGUGGGGGUGGAGCGGGGUCAGAGGCUGUGCCUCUCGUCGGCAAAACCUUUAAUCUGAGGCGGAGGCUGGUGAGUGGUAUUUGCCCCUCACUUCCUCCUUUCCUUGCUCUGGGGGCCGAUUAGCCUGGAGAGUUUAACUGGGGCUUCCCCUCGCUGAAUGAGGAGUUGCUGUGGUAGCCUGGAGGGUUUUUUUUUUUUGGUCUGAUGUAGACUCCAACAGCCUUCCUCCUUUCUCUCCUUCCUUCUUCCCCUUCACUGUAGAACGGGAGAGACCCAUGAAUGGGAAGGCUGAAAUGAAUUUAGAUGGGCUUUCGAUUGCUUUUUUUUUUAAAAGAAGAGGAUAAAUCCCAGUUGCCAAUGCGCUGUUUUUUAUAUUGCUUUGAAGAAAUGGGGGUCAUUUGCUGCUGCUAAAUCCUUGGAGUAUUUUAGAGAGUUGCUACAAAGAAGGCAAAUCUGUAUUUUUUGAAGCAAAGGAGCCACAUUGAUUUUAGCCUUUUUUAUAAAAUGGAGAAUGAGAUAUUCACACCCCUGUUGGAGCAGUUUAUAUCUAGCCCUCUUGUCACCUGGGUUAAGACAUUUGGACCCUUAGCUGGAGGAAAUGGGAGCAACCUGGAGGAAUAUGUGGCUCUAGUGGAUGGCAUAUUCUUGAACGAAGUCAUGCUCCAAAUCAAUCCUAAAUCCACUACUCAGAGAGUAAAUAAGAAAGUCAACAAUGAUGCGUCACUUAGGAUUCAAAAUUUGUCUAUUUUGGUGAGACAAAUAAAAUCUUAUUAUCAGGAGACUUUGCAGCAGUUGAUCAUGAUGUCUUUGCCAAAUGUCUUGAUAAUUGGCAGAAAUCCUUUUUCUGAGCCGGGAACUGAAGAAAUUAAAAAACUACUUUUACUCUUACUUGGCUGCGCAGUUCAGUGUCAGAAAAAAGAAGAAUUCAUUGAAAGAAUCCAAGGUUUAGAUUUUGAUACAAGAGCAGCUGUUGCUGCCCACAUUCAAGAGGUAACUCAUAAUCAGGAAAAUGUGUUUGAUCUGCAGUGGAUGGAUGUCAGCAUUCUGUCACAAGAAUAUAUCGAGCCUCUCUUGAAAAAUAUGGCAUUACAUUUAAAAAGACUCAUUGAUGAAAGGGAUGAACAUUCUGAGACUAUCAUAGAGCUUUCUGAAGAACGGGACUGUCUUCAUUUUCUACCUCAUGCAUCAGCAGCACAAUCACCUUGUGGAUCUCCAGGCAUUAAACGCACUGAAAGCAGACAGCACUUGUCAGUGGAGCUGGCAGAUGCUAAAGCAAAGAUAAGAAGACUUAGGCAGGAGCUGGAGGAAAAAACUGAGCAGCUGCUAGAUUGUAAACAAGAACUUGAACAGAUGGAAGCUGAACUAAAGAGACUGCAGCAGGAGAAUAUGAAUUUGCUUUCGGAUGCUCGCUCUGCCAGAGUGUACCGUGAUGAGUUAGACGUACUCCGUGAGAAGGCAAUCCGAGUUGACAAGCUUGAAAGUGAAGUCAGCCGAUACAAAGAGAGGCUGCAUGAUAUUGUAUUCUACAAGGCUAGAGUUGAGGAAUUAAAAGAAGACAAUCAAGUAUUGUUGGAAACAAAGACAAUGUUGGAAGAUCAACUAGAGGGGACCCGAGCCCGUUCUGAUAAAUUACACGAACUGGAAAAGGAAAAUCUGCAAUUAAAAGCCAAACUACAUGAUAUGGAGAUGGAGCGUGACAUGGACAGAAAAAAAAUCGAGGAACUCAUGGAGGAAAAUAUGACUCUAGAAAUGGCUCAGAAACAAAGCAUGGAUGAAUCAUUACAUCUUGGGUGGGAACUUGAACAGAUGAACAGAACUACUGAGCUUUCUGAAGUGCCACGAAAGUCACUUGGCCAUGAAGUGAAUGAAUUGACAUCAAGUAGAUUGCUGAAGCUGGAAAUGGAAAACCAAAGUUUGCUGAAGACGGUGGAAGAGCUACAAAAUGUAGCGGGUUCUGUAGAAGGCAGUAAUUCAAAGAUUCUGAAAAUGGAAAAAGAAAACCAAAGACUUAGCAAAAAGUUGGAAGGACUUGAGAAUGAAAUUAAGCAAGAGAAACAAAGUCUUCAGAAUAGUCAAAAUCUGAGCAAAGAUCUGAUGAAAGAAAAAGCACAACUUGAAAAGACCAUUGAGACACUUCGAGAAAACUCAGAGAGACAGAUUAAAAUAUUGGAACAGGAGAAUGAGCAUAUGAAUCAAACCGUAGAUGCUCUAAGGCAACGAUCUCAAAUCAGUGCUGAAGCAAGAGUGAAAGACAUUGAAAAAGAAAAUAAAAUCCUCCAUGAAUCUAUCAAAGAGGCCAGCAGUAAGCUAAAUAAGAUUGAAUUUGAGAAAAAGCAAAUGAGGAAAGAACUGGAACAUUAUAAAGAGAAAGGAGAAAGAGCAGAAGAGCUUGAGAAUGAGUUGCAUCAUCUUGAAAAGGAGAAUGAGUUAUUACAGAAAAAGAUUACCAAUUUAAAAAUUACUUGUGAGAAGAUAGAAGCCUUAGAGCAAGAAAACUCAGACCUGGAAGUGGAAAACAGAAAGUUGAAAAAAACUUUAGAUAACUUUAAAAACCUUACUUUUCAGUUGGAAUCAUUGGAGAAAGAGAAUUCACAACUUGAUGACGAAAAUUUAGAGCUAAGAAGAACAGUUGAAUCUUUGAAGUGUACAAGCAUCAAGAUGGCCCAAUUACAGUUAGAAAAUAAGGAAUUGGAAAGUGAAAAGAAGCAACUUAAAAAAGGGUUGGAGCUUAUGAAAGCUUCAUGUAAAAAAACAGAACGUUUAGAAGUCAGCUACCAAGGUUUAGAUACAGAAAACCAAAGGCUACAGAAAGCAUUAGAAAAUAGUACCAAAAAGAUUCAACAAUUGGAAAGUGAACUACAAGAUUUAGAGUCUGAAAACCAAACUCUGCAAAAGAAUCUGGAAGAAUUAAAAAUCUCUAGUAAACGCCUAGAGCAAUUAGAGAAGGAGAAUAAGCUAUUGGAACAAGAGACUUCUCAGCUGGAAAAGGAUAAGAAACAACUAGAAAAAGAGAAUAAGAGACUCCGACAACAAGCAGAAAUUAAAGACAGUACUUUAGAAGAGAACAAUAUAAAAAUUAGUAAUCUGGAAAAGGAAAACAAAUCUCUAUGUAAAGAAAUAAGUAUAUUUAAAGAGUCUUGUGUACGUCUAAAAGAGCUAGAAAAAGAAAAUAAAGAACUUGUGAAAAGAGCUACCAUUGAUAAGAAAACACUCGUCACAUUACGAGAGGAUUUGGUGAAUGAAAAACUGAAGACCCAACAAAUGAAUAAUGAUCUUGAAAAACUUACGCAUGAACUUGAAAAGAUAGGUUUAAAUAAAGAGCGCCUCUUGCAUGAUGAACAGAGCACAGAUGACAGCAGGUACAAGCUUUUGGAGUCAAAAUUAGAGUCUACACUAAAGAAGUCUCUAGAAAUAAAAGAAGAAAAAAUUGCGGCUUUGGAAGCUCGUUUAGAAGAGUCAACAAAUUUAAACCAGCAGCUGCGCCAGGAACUUAAAACAGUGAAAAAAAACUAUGAAGCUCUCAAGCAAAGACAAGAGGAGGAAAGGAUGGUACAGAAUUCUCCUCCAAGAACUGGUGAAGAAACCCAGUCUGUCAAUAAAUGGGAAAAGGAAAAUCAGGAAACUACUAGAGAACUAUUGAAGGUUAAAGAUAGAUUAAUAGAAGUAGAAAGGAAUAAUGCUACCCUGCAGGCAGAGAAACAAGCACUGAAAACUCAACUAAAGCAACUUGAGACCCAGAACAAUAAUCUACAAGCUCAGAUUCUGUCACUUCAGAGACAGACUGUUUCUUUACAGGAGCAAAAUACAACCUUACAAACUCAGAAUGCCAAACUUCAGGUUGAAAAUUCUACCCUUAAUUCUCAAAGUACAUCUCUUAUGAAUCAGAAUGCACAACUGCUGAUCCAACAGUCUGCCUUGGAAAAUGAAAAUGAAUCUAUACUCAAGGAACGAGAGGAUCUGAAAUCAUUGUAUGAUUCACUGGUCAAAGAUCAUGAAAAACUGGAACAUCUUCAUGAACGUCAAGCUUCCGAAUAUGAAUCUCUAAUUGCCAAACAUGGAAGCCUCAAGUCUGCACACAAAAAUCUUGAGGUGGAACAUAAGGACUUAGAAGAUAGGUACAAUCAGUUGCUGAAACAAAAAGUGCAGUUAGAGGAGUUGGAAAAAGUGCUCAAAGUAGAACAAGAGAAGAUGUUGCUGCAAAGCAAAAACCACAAAACUGUAGCAGCAGAAUACAAAAAACUUUGUGAUGAAAAUGAUAGGCUAAAUCAUACAUACAAUCAACUUUUAAGAGAGAAUGAAGUUCUUCAAACUGACCAUAAGAAUUUGAAAAGCUUAUUGAACAAUUCCAAACUAGAACAAACACGAUUAGAAGCUGAAUUUUCUAAACUGAAGGAACAGUACCAACAACUGGAUAUUACAUCUACAAAACUGAAUAAUCAGUGUGAGUUGCUUAGCCAGCUUAAAGGAAAUCUGGAGGAAGAAAACAGACAUCUACUUGAUCAAAUUCAGACAUUAAUGCUACAGAAUAGAACAUUACUGGAGCAGAAUAUGGAAAGCAAGGAUCUUUUCCACGUUGAACAGAGACAGUACAUUGACAAGUUAAAUGAAUUGAGACGACAAAAGGAGAAAUUAGAGGAGAAGAUUAUGGAUCAGUAUAAAUUUUAUGAGCCAUCUCCUCCCAGAAGAAGGGGCAAUUGGAUUACUCUAAAAAUGAGGAAAUUGAUAAAAUCUAAGAAAGAUGUUAACCGUGAACGUCUGAAGUCUCUGACUCUUACACCUACCCGUUCGGAGUCCAGUGAAGGAUUUCUUCAGCUACCCCAUCAGGACAGUCAAGAUAGUUCCUCUGUGGGCUCAAACUCUCUUGAAGAUGGCCAGACACUGGGAACCAAAAAGAGCAGUAUGAUUGCAUUGAAAAGACUGCCCUUUUUGAGGAACAGACCGAAGGAAAAAGACAAAAUGAAGGCCAUCUACCGUCGCUCCAUGUCCAUGAAUGACCUGGUGCAGUCCAUGGUCCUAGGAGGAGGACAAUGGACAGGUAGUUCUGAGCAUCUGGAGGGCCCUGAUGAUGUAUCUACGGGUAAAAGGAAAAAAGAAUUGGGAGCUAUGGCCUUCUCUACUACAGCUAUCAACUUUGCAACUGUCAACUCUUCUUCAGUCUUCAGAUCCAAGCAAUUGCUAAAUAAUAAAGAUACUACAUCCUUUGAAGAUGUAAGUCCACAAGGCAUUAGUGAUGAUUCUAGUACAGGAUCAAGAGUUCAUGCUUCCAGACCAGCCAGCCUUGAUAGUGGCAGAACAUCCACUAGUAAUAGCAAUAACAACGCUUCACUUCAUGAAGUCAAAGCAGGUGGAAUUAACAACCAAAGUAGGCCACAAAGUCACAGCAGUGGAGAAUUUAGUCUGCUUCAUGAACAUGAGGCUUGGUCUAGCAGCAGCAGCAGUCCCAUCCAGUAUUUGAAAAGUCACACCAAGUUGAGUCCCAUGAUCCAGGAAAAAAUGCCUGAAACAGUGGAUAAUCAAGGAAAGCAGAAGAUCAAAACUGGUUCUCCUGGAAGUGAGGUUGUUACUCUGCAGCAGUUUUUAGAAGAAAGCAACAAGGUUACUUCUACAGAGAUAAAGUGUGCAAGCCAAGAGAAUCUUUUAGAUGAAGUAAUGAAAAGUUUGUCUGAGUCUGCUGAGUUGGCAGGAAAAGAAAAGCUAAGGAAACAGUCGUCUGUCAACAGUGGUAUCAUCAAGUCAUUAAGUGGGAAAAACACAGUUGACUUCUCAGAUGGAAGGUCAGCUAAACCUGAACAGCUUGUAAGGCCCAGCCCUCGUAAAACUGAAGAUACCUACUUUACCAGCUCUCCAAUAAAAUUGAUGUCAGGUACUCAAGGAAAGGUCAAGUCAAUCAAAGAAAAAGUACAGACAGAUCCAUCACAACGACAAUCAAAAGAUUGCAGCCCUUAUGCUACCUUACCUCGUGCAAGCAAUGUGAUUUCUACAGCAGAAGGAACUACUCGAAGGACAAGCAUUCAUGAUUUUUUAUCUAAGGACAGUAGGCAGCCUGUAUCAAUUGAUCCAGCACCAUCUACAGCUGAUAAAAGCAUUCCAUCAGCAUCUAGUGAGUACCGUGCACACCAGCAGUCCUCUAGUUUUUUUCAUUAUACAUCUUACAAUGUAGAUUCUAUUCCACAAAAUGAUUUAGAUAAUACAAUUAAACCAGAUCACUCGGGAUAUAAAUCUGCGAAGCCUAGGAAUUCAAGGAUGGGAAAAUCAAAUGUUGUUGACAAAACUUCGAGCACUAAUGUGUUCAGUGAUAAAGUUGGUAUAUCAACUAAUGAUAGCACAGGGACAUUUGCUGUUGCCCAUGUGUCACAGCCAUUUUUAUCCCUUAACACUGAAUUAGUUAGUAAUAUAAGUGGAUUACCUCAAAGGUCUUCAGCUAAGGUAACUGAUCAGACAUUUGUCUCAUCAGUUAAAUCUUUACAAAAAGAUCAUGAACAGUCUUCUGAUGACCAUAAGUCUGAUAACAGUAACCCACAGUCAGUUCUAAAUAGUGAAUUUACUGCUGCUUCUGCAUGUGUAAAUACUAGCAAGAUUGAAUCCCCUUUACUGGUUUCUGAAGAUAACCAAACUGUUUGGUAUGAGUAUGGUUGUGUAUGAUACGAGAGAUGUCAUAUUAAAUACAAAUGACGCAGAUGUUCUUCUCAAAGUGAUUUAGGGAAUGUUCCACUAAAAAUAAAAAAUAGUUUCUGGCAGGUUUGUAGGGGGGGUGUUUUCCUCUGAAUGGUGAUAUAAACAUCAGCUGUGUAUUACAGCAUGCGUAUAAAUGUAAAAUUGUAAUCACACCAAAGCUUGCACGAAACAUUAAUUGCACUGUAUAUUUUCUGCAUGCCUCUAAAAGCCUUAAUAAUACAAACUAAUGUUCUGUAUUUUUAUUUAUCACAUUAGAAAUAUUUUGUUUUUCUACAUUAUUGAAUGCAUGUUAAAGCAGUUGCAUGCUGCAUUGCCAAAAAUGGCACAAAGAACCAGGUAAUUUUUACCAACAGGAAGGUAUUUUCCUCACUUGUACUUUUGUUUUCGGAUGCAUCACCCAUACAAAAAUGCCUAUUUUUUCCUCUUGCACAUAUACAAUACUAGCAAAAAAAACCCCAACCUGUUAGGCAGAUUUUAGUAUCUUUUGCUUUUUAUUUAUGCUAUGUUUUGUGUGUCGUUUUGCUCAAGGAAUAAGUUGUACCCCAAAUAAUUCAGUGCCUGUAGUUUGCUGCACAAUAAAUAUGAACUGCAGUUCACAUUUAUUAAAAUAUUUGAACUUUAAUAAAUAAAACAAUGUUAAUAUUCAUAAAUGGUAAUUUUUUAAAAUAUAACAAUCAAAUUAAGUGUAGCAGUUGCAUAGAAAAAAUGAUCCUCCUCUACCUCUUUUUCCUUUUCCUAUGGUUUAUCUUCCCAUGUCUAACAUACAGAGGCUGUCCAAUGUGCUGUUUUAUUUGGAGUCAAGUAACACUAUAGUUUUAUGAGAAUUUUUACAAUGUAUAAUAAUAAUAAAAAUCUUUACUAAU